UGCGUUAGUAUUUGACUUUUUAAAUCAGGUGGUUAGGAAACUUUGACCACUAAUAAAAAAGCCAUACUUCUAUAAUUACCUAAUUAAUCUAUUUUAUUAAUGGCUUGGAUAUUUGGCUAAACUUAAAUCGAUCUACUUCCUUUUAAAACCCACCAAAAUCCUCCACCGUACAUCUCCUAUAGUCUCUCCGUACACACACAUUUGUUAUACCAUAUUAAGCUUUUAAACUCUCUUUCUUCUAUGAUCAUUUGAUCAUUCUCUUCUUCUUCUUCAAACAUAUACAUAAAAUCACACACACAUAUACAUAUAUAUAUAUAUAUAUAGAGAUAGUGUGAAAGAUGAUAUGCGAAGAGGCAUAUCAUCAGCAACCGCAAAUACAAAAGGAACAAAUGAUGACUAUGAUGAUGAUGGAUCAACGUAGUAAUCAUCAACGGAAAAAAUCACCAUUAUCGUCGCCAUCAUCUCCAUCAUCACCAAAAUCACCAUCAUUCAAUAAUAAUGAGGAAGAGAGGCUAGAGGUUGUGAAUUUGAGUGGGAUGGCAUUGGAGUCUCUCCCUAAUCCUUCACUCAAUUUAGCUCAGAUUUGCAAGCUUGAUCUCUCCAACAAUCAUCUCCAGACUAUACCAGAAUCAUUAACAGCGAGACUACUCAACUUGAUAGCAUUAGAUGUUCACUCAAAUCAGAUCAAAGCUCUUCCAAACUCCAUUGGUUGUCUCUCUAAGCUCAAGACUCUCAAUGUCUCCGGCAACUUUCUUGUAUCCUUCCCCAAAUCUAUCCAACAUUGCAGGUCUCUGGAAGAACUAAAUGCAAACUUCAACAAACUCAUCAGAUUACCAGACUCCAUUGGAUUUGAACUCACCAAUCUAAGGAAGCUCUCUAUCAACUCCAACAAGCUAAUUAGUCUUCCACUCUCCAUUACUCACCUCACAUCUCUCCGUGUCCUCGACGCUCGUCUCAACUGCCUCAUGAUUCUCCCAGAUGAUCUCGAGAAUCUCAUCAACCUCGAGAUUCUCAAUGUCAGCCAGAAUUUCCAGUAUCUUUCCGCUCUUCCAUCUUCCAUUGGCCUUUUAAUGAACCUCAUUGAGCUCGAUGUUAGCUACAACAAGAUCACUGUAUUACCUGAGUCCAUUGGCUGCAUGAGAAGGUUAAGGAAGCUGAGUGUUGAAGGAAACCCGCUCGUGUCCCCGCCCAUCGAGGUGAUGGAGCAGAAUCUGCAGGUGGUGAGAGAGUAUCUGACACAAAAGAUGAAUGGAGGCUCACCAAGGAGUCCAAGCAAAAAGAAGUCUUGGGGAUUCGGUAAAUUGGUGAAGUAUGGGACGUUCAAUGGCGGAUCAAGAAGCUGGAAUAGAGAGGAGAGGGAAGGGUUUAUCAUGCCUGAGUACCGCGCCAUCGACAGUCUUGCUUCGCCUAGGUAUUCUGGAAUGUUCUCUCCACGCCGUCUCUUUUCUCCAAGAACCUAUUUCAGCAGAUAAAACAGAGAGGUUUCACAUUCCUACAAGCCAUGCACACCUCUGUAGCAUAGCAUCAAGGCCAAAACAAUCCAAUUUUGUCUAUCAUUUUAAUUAUAGCAUCAUAAAAACAUAUACAGAGUAUCUCAAUAUGUUAAUCAGAUUCUAGAAUUCUUGUUUUUUUUCAUUAUAUAUGGUUGCACCAGGUCUCUGUUUCUAUGCACACCAAAUUUUGUUCAUGAAUAAAGUUUCUUCUUUCAGACUUC